GUUCGGCAAGCGGUGGCAAGCUGGAAAGAUAAGGCCAGAUAACGCCAGAUAACGCUAGAUAACACCAACCAAUCCAUAUAAUCGGACAUAAUCCCGAGUGCCGAUCGAGAAUUCUUGACGGGCGUGCGUGUGUGCGAGAGUGCGAGAGUGUGUGUGUGUCAGUCAAGUGUGUGUGCGUAUUACAAGCAUAUGUAUUAAUCAUUUAAGCAGUGACUUUAAUGCUGUAAUUUCGCCUGAUUGAUGGCUGGACAUGACUCUGGGUCGCGUUUUCCGCGAUGCCCGAAUCUGAAAUCCAGCGAGCUCCUCAGUCCGUCUGAACAUGCUUGAAUUGCCGCAUUUAGUAUCGAAGAAGUGUAUUAGCAGAAUGCUGCAUUGCCGUAGUCGGGCAAUUUAUUGCCGUGCCCGCAACUGAGAAUCUGAAUCGCUGAAAAGAGGAAACAACCAUCCACCCAUCCAUUCAUUCAUCCACACUCAUCGCACCCAUUUGGCUUCCUAAUCAUCCUUGUUCCAAUGACAAAUGCAAUGCGGGCGAUUGCUGCAAUCGCAGCAGGAGUGGGUUCAGUGGCCGCCACGGUCGCAACCAGCACCACCAGUUCCAUCAGCGGCGGCACCACCACCACCAUCAACCCCAGUGGCAGCACCACCAUCGGCGGGAAUGGCACAUCCAGUGGAAGCAGCGGAUUCUCUACAAAUUCCACGCUGCUGGACGCCGAUCAUCUGCCGCUGCAGCUCACGACCGCCAAGGUGGACCUGGACAUUGAAAUCGACAUCCAACUGCUGACAAAUGGCUAUGAUGGCACAACGUUGACAUCGUUCUACAAUGAGAGCAGCUGGACAAAUGCGUCUGAAAUGGAUACAAUAGUUGGUGAGGAACCGGAGCCGCUGUCACUUGUGUCAAUUGUAGUUGUUGGCAUCUUCCUAUCGGUGCUGAUAUUCCUCUCGGUGGCCGGCAACAUCCUGGUGUGCCUGGCCAUCUACACGGAGCGCAGUCUGCGCCGGAUCGGCAAUCUGUUCCUGGCCUCGUUGGCGAUUGCGGAUCUCUUCGUGGCCUCGCUGGUGAUGACCUUCGCCGGUGUCAACGAUUUGCUGGGAUAUUGGAUCUUUGGAGCGCAAUUUUGUGAUACUUGGGUGGCCUUUGAUGUCAUGUGCUCGACGGCGUCAAUUCUGAACCUGUGCGCCAUCUCGAUGGACCGCUACAUUCACAUCAAGGAUCCGCUCAGAUACGGCCGCUGGGUGACACGACGCGUGGCUGUCAUUACCAUCGCCGCCAUUUGGCUGCUCGCCGCGUUUGUCUCCUUUGUGCCCAUCUCGCUGGGCAUCCAUCGGCCCGACCAGCCGCUGAUUUUCGAGGACAAUGGCAAAAAGUAUCCAACAUGCGCCCUGGACCUCACGCCCACCUACGCCGUCGUGUCCAGCUGUAUCAGUUUCUACUUUCCCUGCGUGGUCAUGAUUGGCAUCUACUGUCGGCUAUACUGCUAUGCCCAGAAGCACGUGAAGUCCAUCAAGGCGGUAACUCGACCAGGUGAGGUGGCCGAGAAGCAGCGGUACAAGAGCAUCCGGCGCCCAAAGAACCAGCCCAAGAAGUUCAAGGUGCGCAACCUGCACACCCACAGUUCGCCAUAUCACGUAUCCGACCACAAGGCGGCCGUCACGGUGGGCGUGAUCAUGGGCGUGUUCCUCAUCUGCUGGGUGCCCUUCUUCUGCGUGAAUAUCACGGCCGCCUUCUGCAAGACCUGCAUCGGUGGACAGACCUUCAAGAUCCUCACCUGGCUGGGCUACUCGAACUCGGCCUUCAAUCCGAUCAUCUACUCGAUCUUCAACAAGGAGUUCCGCGACGCCUUCAAGCGCAUCCUGACCAUGCGCAAUCCGUGGUGCUGUGCCCAGGAUGUGGGCAACAUUCAUCCGCGGAACAGCGAUCGCUUCAUCACGGACUAUGCCGCCAAGAAUGUGGUGGUGAUGAACUCGGGCCGCUCCAGCGCCGAACUGGAGCAGGUGUCUGCGAUUUGACCAAAAGGCUGUCUGAAUCUCACCGGCGGCGCAGCCACCUGGCUGCCCUGCGGAUGCGGCGGUCUGCGCGUGGACGACGAUGACGAUGGAGCGCUGACCACGCGGUAUGUUCCAUGAGAUUCGGUCACGGCGGCCACCGCCACCAUUGUGGAGACCGUGGAGGCCGCGCAGAUGGAGACGGAGCUGCUCUAGGCCGGCAAAUGGGUUCCUAAAACCAACUCGAUGUCUCACAGUUUAAACCGUAAGCAAUCCCAGCCCUCUACCCCACUGAUCCAGUGGAUAUGGAAACCUGUAAGUAUUAUCAGCGCGUCCCCGAGACUAAGCAAUCAACUAUGCGUAUACUUAAUCGCACUAGUAUCUAGCCGUAAGUCCCACUAACCAAAAGGAAUACAAAUCAGAAAAACAAAAUCGAAACCCAACCCGAAACGUGAUUAGGUCUAAGAUCUUCAACCCGGCACCUAAGAGAGCUUCUAGUUAAGUUUCUGUUUGGAUAUUCAUGGCGGUUUGCCUCCCAUGCAAAUGCGAUUAUUAUGGAGUGACACAUGUCACUUGCCACAUUUCCUACUCACUCACCCAUCCAAACAAACAAACAAACACACACGCACACAACACCAAACCACACCGAUGCAGAUACAUGGGGAAACAAAAACAUGGGAAAGAAAACGCUGCAUACAUCGCGGCGCCCUCAUAUUCGAAUUUCGAACAGCUCUACAUUUGAUUUAUUGAUGAGAAUUUAUGGCCAUUGAACGAACAGGGCUGCCAGCUGCACUCGUAAAUCAUGCAAAAUGAUUAUUGUUGUUAUUAUUAUUACGGGAACAGAGCGAAAGCUGUAAAAUUCCCGACCCUUGGCCUCAAUGAAUGUUAUGUUUAGUUCGAGUGCCACGAUGAUAGCGCGUUUUUACGACCCAACUUUGCAGACUGAUUUGAAUUUAUGCGUUGAAAUCUGUUCCACAAUGUUAAUUAAGCCAACUGUGAUUGACACCGGCACACAAACACAUUAAGAGACGUUAACCCGAGAAGCCUUUUUGGGUACCGCAACCUGAUCCUCCGAUUACCUGAUGAUUUAAUGAGUAGCACCUGCGAAAAUACAGCUAUCAGCCAGCGGAAUAAUUAGGA